AUGGCUCCCUCACACCCAGUGGAGUCAACGCCUAACAUUUCUGGAGACGCUGCUGAUGCGACUUUCACAUCCACAAACCCAGCAACUCCCGAGUCCCUGGUAGAGACUCAGAAAACAGAUAUGGCGCUUCUGCUCGAGAAUCUGGAUUCGUUUAUCGCCGUCGGCGUUUUAGAAAAGGGUGUUCCUGGAUUCCCUGCUGCCGAAAUCAAUGCAUUGGAAAAACAGAAUUGGGUACGGACUACGACCCACGAAGAUCAUCUCAAUCCCCAAAUCAGCUAUGUCCGUGUUUAUGUUUUGCCCGAUGAUGUUGGGCGGAAGUUCAUACCACGCUCUAGCGCCCCACUUAGAAAAGCCCUGAAAGCUGUCAUGUCCAAAGUGGACCCCUCCCCCGACGCUUGGGCUGGGCAGGAGAGAUCGGGCCAGAGGAUAGUGGACCUCUCUUCUGUUGGUGCCGAAGAUGAGUCUCUGUGGUAUAUCUUUAAUACCCUCGAAGGUCCAAGUCCCGAUGUAGAGAUGAUGCGGGAUCCAUACGCCAAGCUAGCCAUGCAGGAUUUACUCUCUACCACCGCUUCAGAUGAGAGCGCGGUUGAGAAAGGGCAAACCUAUACUGGCGUCCUGGGUCUUAAAACACCACUCUAUCCCUAUCAAAGGCGUUCGGCGGCUACGAUGAUUCAGCGAGAAGUACAGCCGCAUCAAAUGCUGGACCCGCGACUUCAGUCUUGUUCAAGCCCAACUGGCCAAAAAUACUACUACGACAAGGAAAAGGGCAAAAUCGCGCGAGAGCGAACGAUGUAUUCGGAGGCCUGUGGAGGGAUACUCGCGGAGACUAUGGGCUGCGGUAAGACUCUGAUUUGCCUAGCUGUGAUUUUAGCUACCCGUGGCCACUUUCCGCAAAUUCCCCUCGAGUAUCAGUCCAUGAGAAAUCCGGAGAGGACUCAGACUAGGAGUCUCCUUGAGAUGGCGGCGGCUGCUGCUGGUCGGUUGUCGUUGCCUUGGAAAGCACAUUUUAAUUACUUGAGUCAAAUGGGGGAGAUUUACGAUGGGUGUAUCAAGUCUUGCGAGGCAAACCGCGGCUCAUAUAUCUUUCGCCCGCCGGCAGGGAGAUAUACUGGCCGUACUGUUGUGGAAUACCCCCGCAUCCAUCUUCAUUCAGGGACUUUAAUAGUAGUACCCCCCAAUCUGGUUGACCAUUGGAUGAGUGAGAUUGCGAUGCACACCGAGGGCCUGAAGACUCUCACGUUGCGGAGCAGCGCAGACUUGACACCGCCGCCCGAGGACUUAUUCGCUUAUGACAUUGUUCUUUUCUCAAGAACUCGAUUUGAGAAAGAGGCGGAUGACUUUAAUGGAGGCGGCCGGGACCGCCGCAAGGAGCCUUCGCCGUUAACAAAGCUCCAUUGGCUCAGGGUUAUUGUAGAUGAAGGGCAUAACGUCGCCGGCCAUGGCCACAAGACGAAUAUGUCGCACCUUCUCGAUCAGAUCCACGUCGAGAGACGGUGGGUUGUUUCUGGUACUCCGUCCAGUGGGCUGUAUGGGGUUGAAGUCAGCCUGGCGUCUCGUGAAACACACACGAGCGACACUGAUUUGACCGAGGCAACGACCGCCGUGCUUCACGGUAGGAAGAAGACCGGAAAGGGGUUGGAUAGCGAGCUAAAAGAUCUCGACAAGUUACGUCGAAUUGUUGUUGACUUCCUGGGCCUCAAGCCCUGGUCUAACUCGAGGAGCGAUGAUCCCGCUGACUGGGCGACGUACAUCAAGCCAGUUGGACCUAAUGGGAGGCGACGAAAGGCGCCAUCCCUCCGAGCAACGCUGCAAGGCCUAGUUGUACGUCAUCGGCUGGAUGUUAUUAACAAUGAAAUCCCUUUGCCACGAUUGUACAAUAAAGUCGUUCAUCUUGAACCGACUUUUUACGAUAAACUGAGUCUAAACUUGUUUAUUUUCAUCCUGGCUGUCAACGCGGUCACGUCAGAACGGCAAGAUAUAGAUUACAUGUUUCACCAACGCAACAGAAAACAUCUCAGCCGUGUCAUCAGCAAUCUGCGACAAGCUGGGUUCUGGUGGGCGGGCUCCGACUUCGACUUACAGGGGACGGUCAAUGUCGCUACGACAUAUCUUGAGCAGAACAGAGAGACAAUGACUGAAGACGACAUCUCAACACUCACGCAAGGCAUCAAAAUUGCUCAGACAGCACUCAACUCUGGUGCCUGGAAUGGAUUCAAGAACAUGCAUGAACUGGGCGUUUUUGUCACUGGCUUUCCAUCAGAGGCUCGAAACUUUUGGGCCCUAGAUCCCGCACAGGCCCAGUGUGAGCCUCUUUUACUCGGAAUCUCACAAGCUCGUCUCGCUCAGCAAUUCGUAACGAAACAUCUCUGUGAACCUGACCCAGCCGAAGGCCUGUCGGGCGCUGGCAUCAAGAUACGUAGGGAGUUGUCUCACCGCGAAGGAUUUGAUGCAUCAGUCGCGGCCCCUAAGAAGACUUCCCCAGAGAGCUCGGUUAAACGCAAAGCCAAGCAAACAUUUCUGAAUGGGAUAUACAAGGAACUGCCCCCUUAUUCGCCCCUCACACAAACUAAACUGAUCGCGACUGCAUCAGCCAAACUAACGUACCUAUUAGACCAGGUUCAAGAACACUCCAAGGCUGAAAAGAUCAUCAUCUUCUAUGACAAUAACAACUCGGCAUACUGGAUUGCCGAGGGCCUCGAACUGCUGGGGGUGGACUUCCGGAUCUACGCUAACACAUUAAAACCGACCCUCCGCGAAGAAUACUUAAUCCUAUUUCGCGAAUUUGAGCAGGUCCGCGUACUCCUAAUGGACCUCCGGCAAGCCUCGCACGGGCUGCACAUUGCACAGGCCUCGCGAGUGUACAUAGUCAAUCCAAUUUGGCAACCGAACAUAGAGUCUCAAGCUAUCAAGCGUGCCCACCGCAUUGGGCAGACCCGUCCCGUCUUCGUCGAGACCCUCGUGCUCCGCGACACGCUCGAGGACAAGAUUCUCCAACGCCGGAAAGCCAUGGCAGAUGUUGAGAUUCAAAAUGAUCUGCUGGAUGACUAUACCAUGAGCUCAAUCAUCCAGCAUGAGCGUUUCAUUCCCAUGCCCUGCUGUGAGGACUCAACGUCCCUGGCUUUCCUCCGCCAUCCAACUGGUUUCUUCAAUAGACAUCGUCUACCGAUUCCUGAUAACGACGAAGUGCAGACGAGGCCGAGGAUGGAAGCGAAAGCGGAGGGAAAUACGCUUCUCACUACGCCAGUAAAACGGAGGCGCAGUGUUAGUGUGACCCCAACCAGUAGCAAGGGAGUUGGGUUUGUGAAUUUAGAGCCAGAUCUCCUUUCACCUUCGGCUAAAAGACGGCGGUCACCAUCUCGUCUGCAGUUUCGUGAUCCGAAUGGAAUAAUCAUGGAGUCUCCCCGUCCGAAGAGGAGUAUUUCUCCUGCUCAACGCUUCGUUGUUCGCUCCGCUGUUGAAACUGACGCCGAACUAGCGGGUGCUAGAAACAUGCCGACUUUCAUAUUCGCCCUCUCGGGCCCCUCCUCCAGCGGCAAAACAACCCUCGCCCGCCUCCUGCAGCGCAUUUUCUCCAACCAGCCACAAACGCAAGAAGGAUCACAAUUGUCGAAGCUGAUAUCCACAUUCAUAAUCCAUGAAGACGACUUCUACUAUUCGGAUGAUAAAAUCCCCUAUACAACCACCAAAUCUGGCGCCAGAAUUCAAGACUGGGAUUGUUUGGGUGCCUUGGACAUAAAAUUUCUGACGUCGGCACUCCGCUACGUGCACGAGCACGGGCACCUUCCGCCUCGACUGCGCUCAAAGGAGGAUCUAAAUGAAGUUUCGCCGGGGUCGGGGGUGGAUGAUGCGCUCGUUGAUGAGCUGAGAGGGUACGUCUCUAGCCGGACUCAGAUGAUUUUAUUGUCAUCUUCGUCAAUGGUUGCGGAAGAGCGACUAGAUGGAAAGGAAAAAGUGACGAUAGCACUCCUAGAAGGAUUCCUGCUAUAUGCGCCACCCGCAACAGAAAAAGGUGGAAAAGAACAUGGACUCCGCGGUGUUCAUGACCAGAUUGAUUUGCCAAUGUUUCUGGCUGCGCCGUAUGACCUUGUCAAGGAAAGGAGGGAGAAGAGGAGCGGGUAUGUGACUAUUGGGCCUGCUCCGACGACAGAGUUGCCGCAGAGGUCGUCAUCGGCCUCAGAAGCUGAGGAAGAAAGGGUGGACCUGGAGGUCGAGGAUGAUCGGCCGCCACAGAACUUUUGGACAGACCCGCCUGGUUAUGUGGAUGAUAUUGUUUGGCCGCGUUAUGUGAGGGAUCAUGCAUGGUUGUUGCUUCCUGAAGACGACGGCGCCGAGGCCUUGCCUACUGAGGAUCAGGAUGAGCUGAUCCGCAGAGUCGGGCAGGGCGUGAAGCUGAGAAUGGAUGCUGGCGUUACUGUUGCUCCUGGCCAGGGAGCCCUCCCUAUGGCGGAUCUGCUAAAGUGGGCGGUUGAGGAGAUCUUGAAACACCUGGAAAAGAGCACAAGGCCCUGA